CCGUCAGAUAAGACUUCUCUUCGAAGCCGUCUUCAUCAUGGUUCACUUCUCGUCGCUCAUCUUGCUUUCAGCAAUUACUUCCGUUUUUGCUGCUCCUGCUCCAGCACCCACUGCUGCCCCUGAUCUUGCUAAGCGAGCUACCACUUGCACUUUCUCUGGCUCCGCUGGUGCGUCCUCGGCUAGCAAGUCUAAGACUAGCUGCUCUACUAUCAUUCUUUCUGCUUUGGCGGUACCAUCUGGUACGACUCUGGAUCUCACAGACCUUAAUGAAGGUACCACUGUUAUCUUCGAGGGCAUCACCACCUUCGGUUAUGAAGAGUGGAGUGGACCUCUCGUCUCAGUCUCAGGAACUGACAUCACCGUAACCCAGACCUCAGGCGCUUACCUCGAUGGCGGCGGAGCUCAAUGGUGGGAUGGAGAAGGAUCAAACGGUGGCAAGACCAAGCCCAAGUUCUUCUAUGCUCACAACAUGAUCUCUUCCACCAUCUCUGACAUCUACAUCUACAACCCACCCGUCCAAGUCUUCAGCAUCGAUGACUCCACAGAUCUCACUAUGACGGAUAUUACCAUCAACGGCGAAGACGGCGACAGUCUUGGUGCUAACACCGAUGGCUUUGAUAUUGGCGACAGCACCAGUAUCACCAUUACCGGCGCCAAUGUGUACAACCAGGAUGAUUGCGUAGCCGUCAACUCCGGCACGACCAUCGUUUUCUCAGGCGGUGUCUGCUCAGGCGGUCACGGUCUUUCCAUCGGUUCUGUUGGUGGAAGAACCGAUAACACAGUCUCUGGUGUCACAUUCGAGAACUCUGAGGUCAAGGACAGCCAGAACGGUGUCCGCAUCAAGACCAUCUCCGGUGAUACCGGAUCUGUAUCUGGAGUGACCUACAGCGGCAUCACCCUCUCUGGCAUCACCGACUACGGUAUCGUCGUCCGUCAGGAUUACGAUGGCACCACUGGCGACCCCACAAACGGUAUCACCAUCAAGGACUUCGUUCUCGAUGGCGUGACUGGAACGGUCGAGUCGAGUGGAACCAACAUUUGGAUUCUGUGUGGUAGUGGAAGCUGUACUGAUUGGACUUGGACUGAUGUUGAUGUUACUGGAGGAGCGACGAGCACGGAUUGCACCAAUGUUCCAAGUGGUGCUAGUUGUUCUGACUAGAUGGCUGUGAAAAUGAGCUGAGAGGAAAUCUGGUGAAGCGGAUGUGAAAAUUGGGAGUGGAGGAUGAAAAGAGUGGG